AUAGUUACUCCUGCCCAGGGCUGCAGUUGCAACUUGACGUUUUGAGGGCCGGCGGCAGUGGCGGCGUCUCCCUGAUUCCUCUCCCCUCAUUUUUCAGGCGGUGACAAGGACACAGCGCCCCUUUGACAGGACAGCAUGGUUCUAGAGGAGGCCCCUGUAGUAGUAACCGCGAGGACCAAUGGGGACUGCUGUACUUCUGCUCCUGAUUCUUCGGCAUUGGAUCAACAACGUGGAGGGAACAUGUUCGGUUGGCAGUGCAGUGACUUGUGACGAGUGUCUCCAGCUUGGUCCCCACUGUGCAUGGUGCACACAAGAGAAUUUCACGGACUCGUUUUUAAUCAGUGAGCGAUGUGACACGCCGUACCAUCUCCAAGAGAGAGGCUGUCCCCAGGACCAGGUGGAAUUCCCAGUGACCACUUCCGAGGUCCUCCGGAACCAGCCUCUAGGGAAGAAGACAGGAAAUACCAACAGCACAGAGAUAUCACCACAGAAGAUGGCCCUCAAACUCAGAACUGGCAGUGAGGUGACCUUCCAGGUCAGUGUGCAGCAGACAGAAGACUACCCUGUAGACAUCUACUACCUGAUGGACCUCUCAGCCUCCAUGAUUGAUGACCUGGAGAUGAUUAAAGACUUGGGCUCCACCCUGUCCAAGGAGAUGGCAAAGCUCACCAGUAAAUUCAGACUUGGAUUUGGGUCCUUCGUUGAGAAACCAGUCCUCCCGUUCAUUAAGAUCACACCUGGAGAGCUGGAGAACCCUUGUAGGAGUGUGGAUGAGAGCUGUCUGCCAACGUUUGGAUACAAACACGUCCUACCCCUCACCAGCAGCACAGAGAAGUUCAACAAUAUCAUCACCAACCAGCGUGUGUCUGCCAACAUCGACCUGCCGGAGUGUGGCUUCGAUGCCAUUAUGCAGGCUGCUGUCUGUGGGGACAAGAUAGGCUGGAGGAACGACUCCAUGCGUCUGCUGGUGUUUGUGAGCGACGCCGACUCUCACUUUGGGAUGGACAGCAAGAUGUCAGGCAUCGUCGUCCCUAACGACGGAGAGUGCCAUCUGGACAGCAACAAUGAAUACUCUAUGGCUGCCCAUCUGGAAUACCCAACUCUGGGACAGCUGAUGGAUAAACUGGUGGACAAUAAUAUCCUGCUUAUAUUCGCUGUGACGGAAAAUCAGAAACACAACUACGAGAACUAUGCAAGUUUCAUACCUGGCGCCACCGUGGGGGUUCUGGAGUCAGAUUCAAGGAACAUCCUGGAACUGAUUGUGACGGCGUAUAAAGAGCUGCGGUCUGAGAUAGAGCUGGAGGUGCUAGGAGACACAGAGGAUCUACAGAUCUCCUUCACAGCGAUCUGUCAGGAUGGGACGGUACUACCUGGACAGAAACGAUGCUCCAACGUCAAAGCUGGAGACACGGUCUCCUUCAACGUGACUGUAGAACUCUCUGAGUGUCUCGACGGUCCCCGGCGUUUCCUCAUCAAACCGGUGGGCUUUCAGGACCCCCUGGAGAUAGACUUGGAGUCCCUGUGCUCCUGUGCCUGUCAGCAGACCCCCGAGCCCAACAGCAGCCACUGCAGCCUGGGCCGGGGAUCUCUGGAGUGUGGCUCCUGUCUGUGUGAUCCCGGGUACAUGGGUUCCAAGUGUGAGUGUACGGAGGAGAGCGUCCAGAGCAGUAACUGCAAGGCCAGUGGCGCUUCGGAGUCCUGUAGCGGGCAAGGGGAGUGUUACUGCGGCCAGUGUGUGUGUCACCCGUCUAGUUUCGGACGCGUCUACGGGGCCUACUGCGAGUGUGACGACUUCUCGUGUGUGAGGUUCCGAGGGUUACUCUGUGGAGGUCACGGGGACUGUGACUGCGGCGAGUGUGUGUGUCAGAGCGGCUGGACGGGGGAGUACUGUAACUGCAGCAGCAGCAGGGACACGUGUGUGUCGGAGGACGGAGCGCUGUGCAGCGGACGGGGGAAGUGUGUGUGUGGGAAGUGUGUGUGUUCCAUGCCCGGAGCCUCUGGAGACACCUGUGAAAGGUGCCCUACCUGUGGAGACUCCUGUAGCUCUGCUAGGACCUGUGUGGAGUGUCAUCUACAAGCAGAAGACGAGGCCACAGAGGAGUGUGUCCAAAGGUGCAGCGUCCCUCAUGUCUUCGUCAACAAUUCCACAGAAUACGAUGAGAGCCGGUCCACGCUGUGUACCCUAAAGAGUGAGAACAACUGCUUCAUCUCUUUCAGUGUGGUGGCUGGAGACGCAGGGAGCACUGUGUAUAAUCUAAAGAUGUACGACUGUCCUGAGCCCCCCAACAUAGCUAUGAUAGUACUGGGGGUCUCUCUGUCCAUUCUCACCAUCGGCCUCAUCCUGCUGGGGGUGUGGAAGCUGUUGAUCUCAGUCCACGACCGCAAUGAGGUCGCCAAGUUUGAGGCCGAGAGGGCAAAGGCUAAAUGGCAGUCGGGUACAAACCCUCUGUUUAGAAGCUCGACAUCAACGUUUAAAAAUGUAACUUAUAAAAGUGCAGGGAGACCGAAAGUUGAUAUUCAUUCAAUGGAUGGCUACUGAUGAUGACAUCAGCCUGUAUAUGUAAAAUAUUUACCAGCAGUUGAGUGCACUGGAAGUCCGUUAAGGGCAGUUGUGGAGAUGUUUAUGUUGUAUAGUAUCUAUCUAUAUGUGUGUGUGUGUGUGUGUGUGUGUGUGUGUGUGUGUGUGUGUGUGUGUGUGUGUGUGUGUGUGUGUGUGUGUGUGUGUGUGUGUGUGUGUGUGUGUGUGUGUGUGUGUGUGUGUGUGUGUGUGUGUGUGUGCGUGCGUGUGCAUGCAAGAGUGUGUAUGUGUGUGAUGUAAGGACAAAUUGUAAUCACCACAAUGUGCAACAUUGUAUCACUCCAUAAGGUCUGGAUCAUCUUCAGGGAUGCUAUCUCAUAUCAGCAGACAGACAAUGGAAUGUCUAGCUAUGAAUCAUCUCUACAUGAAAUGACUUUGAUUUUGCUGCUCUUAAAGUUGUCUUUGGUACAAACGCUCUGCUGAAACUGAACACUGGAUUUUCCCAUUUAGGUUGUUACAGAUGUAGGAUUUUAAUUUGAUCACCCUGUUGCAGGAGAACUUUCCUGCAAUGCAGGAAAUGCUAAACGUGUGGUGUAUUUGAGGUUUAAAAAGGUUUCUGAAGUUUGUAAUUUCCACUUUGAAAUGUCAGAUUUGUCCAUUAAUUGUAAUCCACAUAAUAAUUUACAUUUCUGGUUGCUGCAGGGUUAUUUUCUUGAUGUAGCAAACUGGCUCAAAUUAAGAACCUACAUCUUUACUUUUUUUCGUAGACUUUGGGUUGGGACAUAGGUAGCCUAAAACUGAGAAUAAGCUGAGUAGGCUUGAUACUACUGCAAUAAUGUUUCAUGUUUUUUUUUGUGUUAUGAAUGUUUUGCUUUGGGUUUUGAGUCGAGGCUGAGCCUUGAAUUGUGUAAUCUUGAUUGGAAUCAUUUUGAGAAGAAUAAUUGACUAACUUUAAUGUAUGGCGCAAAAAUAAAGUUGAACUUUUGAGUUGUUGCCACAUCA